AGCGUAUAAAAGCCGAAGAGUGAUCCCAAAUUGGCAUCAGUCUCACGAGCUCUCUAGUCUGACAAUCUAACCAAGUCAAAAUGUUCAAGAUCCUGCUUGUCUGCGCCCUCGCCGCCCUGGUGGCCGCCAACGAGAAUCCCGAGGUCAAGGAGCUGGUCAACGAAGUCCAAGCCGAUGGCUUCGUGAGCAAGUUGGUCCUGGAUAACGGUUCUGCUGCUUCUGCUACCGGAGAUGUCCACGGAAACAUCGACGGAGUUUUCGAGUGGGUCUCCCCCGAGGGCGAGCACGUCCGUGUGAGCUACAAGGCCGACGAGAACGGAUACCAGCCCCAGAGCGACCUCCUGCCCACUCCUCCUCCAAUCCCAGAGGCCAUCCUGAAGGCCAUCGCCUACAUCCAGGCCCAUCCCAGCAAGGAAUAAGCAAUCGACACGACCAGGACCCAUUUUCGAAUCGGAGGUGCAACUCCAAUGACCUUGCCCUCUAACCCUUAGAAUUUAAACAGCAUGCUGACAUUAUAAAUGAUUAUCGAGUUAGGAAAUAAAUUCGAUACUCUUU